CGCUCUAGCCGUCCGCGGCCGCUGUCGAUGGUGCGCCGGCAGGCGGUGUCAUGGCGGCCGUCGAGGUGGCAGCGGCCGGCGCUGCCGGGCGGAGUCGCUGAGCCGGGGGAUGCGCACGGAGCCGGCGGAGGGCUCGCCGGGAGCGCUCUGUUGAGCCCGCGUAAGAGCUUCGAUCUCCCCGGCGAGGAGAAGAGAGGAGGCGGCCACCCCCUUCGCCGAGCCGGUGCCGCACGGCGCGGAGCCGGGAGCUGCUGAGCGCGGAGGCCCGCGGCCGGCCGAGCCAUGGCGUCGUGGCUGGGCGGGCUGGGCUCGGGGCUCGGCCAGUCCCUGGGGCAGGUGGGGGGCAGCCUGUCCUCGCUCACCGGGCAGAUCUCCAGCUUCACCAAGGACAUCCUGUUGGAGGGCGCGGAGGAAGUGGGCGAUGCAGCAACAGAGCUACAUGUGUCCAAUUCCAGACUCAGAGAAAUAGAAAGUAUUAAUGCAGCACAGAAGUCUGAAAACGAGAGACUGAAAAAAGUUUGUAGUGACUUAGAAGAAAAGCAUGAAGCAGCAGAGCUUCAAAUAAAACAGUUAUCUGUGGAGUACCGAAAUCAGCUGCAACAGAAAGAGGUGGAAAUCAGCCAUCUAAAAGCUCGGCAGAAUGCAUUACAGGAGCAGUUGCAGAAACUUCAGACCGCUGCUCAGUCAGCACAGUUAGGAGGUGGUGUUUCACAACCAGCCACUACAUCAGCCUCCUUUGUUCCUGUGGUUAGACAUUCCUCAGGUUUUGAAGGCGAUGACAUGGAUUUUGGGGAUAUAAUCUGGUCUCAACAAGAAAUAAACAGAUUGUCCAAUGAAGUUUCUAGACUUGAGUCUGAGGUUGACCACUGGAAGCAGAUUGCACAGUCUUCCAAAGUGCAAGGAGCAAAUGAUGCUGAACAAAGUGAAAUAUGCAAACUGCAAAAUAUCAUUAAGGAGCUCAAACAGAACUUAAGUCGAGAAAUAGAUGAACAUCAACAUGAACUUUCGGUGUUGCAAGAUGCACACAGACAAAAGUUAGUAGAGAUAAGUCGUCGACAUCGAGAAGAACUGAGUGAAUAUGAAGAGCGAAUUGAAGAACUUGAGAAUCAGUUACAGCAAGAUGGUGUAAGCACUGAUGCCAUGGUUGAUUCUAAAAUUAGUGAACAGGAAAAGAUGGCUCAGAAUCUAGAAGGAAGGAAAGCAGAAGACUUGCAAAUUAUAAAGGACCUAGAGGAUGAAAUAAGAAAAUUAAAUCAGAAGUUAUCUUCUACCAAAGAAGAAAACAAAAUUCUUCUGAAAGAGCAAGAACUGCUAAAGGUAGAAAAAAUCCAACUAACCCAGGAACUUGAAAGUCUAAAAUCUGACUUCAGUAUGCUUCAAAGUUCUGUUGCAGAGCAGGAUGCUCUUCUGAAAGAACAGAAGUCUCAAUCCAAGACACCACUACCAGAAGAUGUUGUCAGUCUGCAACAAGCACUGUUAGAAGCAGAAAGAGAAAUAGCAAGGCUCUCAAGUUUAAAUCAGGCUGACAGUCCUGUUCAUAUGGCAAAAGAUGUUCAGGCAUUUACACUAGAUCUCCAAGUUCUUAAAGAAGAAAAUCUUAAACUUAGGAAUGAGAAGGAGGAACUUGAGAAGGAACUGUUAAAUGCACAAUGUAAAGAUGAGAAUAUUACUUCUGCAUAUACUGAGGAUCAGAAUUCAGAAUUAAGACAGUUAAAGCAGGAUUUGGAAAGGAAAGAACAUGAAUUAAAUGAAAGUAUUGCUGAAAGAGAAACAUUAAUAGCCGAAUUGGAAGAACUAGACAAGCAGAAUCAAGAAGCUACUCAGCAUAUGAUUACGCUGAAAGAGAAGCUGUCAAGACAACACAUAGAAACUGAUAGCAUCACCAAACAGCUGAAAAUUGACAUAGAUGUUGAAAGAAAGAAAGUAGCAAAAUUAGAAAUGGAGAAGAUGGAAACUAUUAAGGAGUUAGAUACUCAGAAAGAAAAACUAAGUCAAUGUUCAUAUGCACUUAAUGAUUUGCAUAUAAGUAAGCAACAACUUCAAGAUAAUGUUAGAAACCUUCAGGAACAGUUGAAGAAGGCCCAGGACUGUAACUUGCAUAAUAAAAAAGAAAUUAAAGAAUUGCAACAAAGACUGAAGGAAAGAGAAGAGGAACUUUCUCUAUCCUUGAGCAAGUUAACAGAAAAUAUUAAUCAGGCAUCUAGCCUCAGUAGUCAAGAUCUGAUUCUGAAAGAAAGAGAAGUAGAAAUUGUAAAACUACAGAAUAAACAACUGGAAAAUAAGCAACUAAAUGAAGACUUAGAGAAAUCUCUGUCUGAUCUCAAAACAGAAAAUGGAAAGCUAAUAGCAGCCUUUGAAGAACUAAAACAGGAGUUAAAUGAUACAAUUUCUGAGAAGAAUAAAGUUUGCUUAGAGAAAGACACAGUUGUGGAAGCUUUGAAAUUGGAAAAAAGGCAUUUAGAAUCAGAAUUAAGUCAGGCUGAAAAACAACUUUUUGAACAAGCACACAAGUAUGAGCAAACUAUUGAGGAACUAUCAAAUGCACGUAGUAUGGAUACCACUGCAUUGCAGCUUGAACAUGAGCGCCUAGUUAAACUCAAUCAGGAGAAAGAUUUUAAGAUUGCAGAACUCAAAAGGAGCAUGGAGCAGAUGGAAGCUGACCAUCAAGAAACAAAAGAGAUGUUGACUACUAGCUUAGGGGGACAAAAGCAGUUGACAGAACUCAUAAAAGAAAAGGAGGAAUUUAUUGAAAGACUUAAAAAUCAAGCCUCGCAGGUGAAGGAGGAACUCGAGGAAUAUAGGGAAGUUUCAAGAAAGCAGGAUGUCUUAAAACAGAAUUUGGAGGAGAAAGACAAAAGUCUCGCUAUCAUGAAGGAAGAAAACAAUCAUUUGAAAGAAGAAAUUGAACGUCUUAAGGAUCAGCAAAGUCGAGCUACACCUGUGGUUGAGCCUAAAACUCUAGAUAUUAUUAUUGAACUUGAAAGUGAAGUGACACAAUUAAAAGUGAUAAAGAAUAAUCUUGAAGAAGAAAUAGAAGUUCACAAAAAAACAAUAGAAGAUCAGAAUCAAAAAACAGUGCAACUUCAGCAGUCCUUGCAGGAGCAAAGAAAGGAAAUAGAUGAGUCUAAAUUUCAGUGUGAACAAAUGAAUGUCACACAUGAAAGACUCUCUUUAGAGAAAGAUGAGGAAAUUAAAAAUUUGCAGAAAACAAUUGAGCAAAUUAAAACUCAGUUGCACAAAGAGAGACAGGUUAUUCAGACUGAUUCCACUGAUCUUUUUCAGGAAACAAAAGUUCAGACACUUAAUGGAGAAAAUGGAAAUGAAAAACAUGACUUAUCUAAAGCUGAAAUUGAAAGACUAGUAAAAGGUAUCAAGGAAAGGGAGAUGGAGAUUAAGCUUCUAAAUGAAAAGAAUGUUUCUCUAAGUCAACAAAUUGAUCAGUUGUCUAAAGAUGAAGUUGGCAAACUUACUCGAAUCAUUCAAGAGAAAGACUUAGAAAUACAAGCUCUCAGUGCUAGAGUUUCCUCAGCUUCCUAUCGGCAGGAUGUCCUUGGUCUUCAGCAGCAGCUACAAGCUUAUGUCAUGGAAAGAGAACAAGUACUAGCAGUUCUAAGUGAAAAGACGAGAGAGAACAGUCAGUUAAAAACAGAGUAUCAUAAGAUCAUGGAUAUGGUGGCCGCUAAAGAAGCAGCUUUGGUAAGGUUGCAAGAAGAGAAUCAAAAAUUAUCGAAUAGAUUUGAAAAUAGCAGUCAAGAUAUGUUUAGAGAAACUAUUCAAAAUUUAUCCCGUAUCAUUCGAGAAAAAGAUAUUGAAAUAGAUGCUCUAAGUCAGAAAUGCCAAACCUUAUUGACUGUCUUGCAGACAUCCAGUACGGAUACUGAUAAUGGCUCAGGUGGUGUUAACAGUAACCAGUUUGAGGAACUUUUACAAGAACGUGAUAAAUUAAAACAGCAAGUAAAGAAGAUGGAAGAGUGGAAGCAGCAGGUAAUAACCACAGUUCAGAACAUGCAGCAUGAGUCAGCUCAUCUCCAAGAAGAGCUACAAAAGCUUCAAGCACAGAUUUUAGUUGAAAGUGAUAGUAAUUCAAAAUUGCAGGUAGAUUAUAAUGGCUUAAUUCAGAGUUAUGAACAAAAUGAGAAAAAACUAAGAAGUUUUAGUCAAGAAUUAGCACAAGUUCAGCACACCAUAGGACAGCUUCAUAACACCAAAGAUCUUCUCCUGGGUAAACUUGAUUUGGUAACACCGUCUGUGACAAUGGCUUCCAUCAUUUCACAGCCUUCAGUCAUGCAAAGCAGUGUUCCUGAAGUACUCAGUGAUGAAUCUAAACUCCUUCAGAAGGAAUUGGAACAACUGAAAAAAAAGCUGCAAGAAAAAGAUUCAACUAUUAGGACUCUUCAGGAGAACAAUCAACGAUUAUCCGAUUCUGUGGCUACAGCGUCAGAGUUUGAAAGAAGGAGUCAAGAAGAGACUGAUUCAGAGAUGAGGCAGAUCAGAGAAAAACAUGAUGUCUUACAGAAAUCUCUUAGAGAAAAAGAUAUACUGAUUAAAUCAAAAAGUGAUCAGUUACUUUCUGUGAGUGAAAAUCUUAGUAACAAAGUAAAUGAAAAUGAGCUUUUAAAACAAGCUGUGACUAAUCUCAAAGAAAGGAAUUUAAUAUUAGAAAUGGACAUUCGAAAACUGAAAGAAGAAAAUGAAAAAAUAGUUGUAAGAUGUAGAGAAAAAGAAACAGAAUUCCGAGCACUUCAGGAAACUAAUAUGCAAUUUUCCAUGAUGCUGAAAGAGAAAGAGUUUGAGUCCCACUCAAUGAAGGAAAAAGCUCUCGCUUUUGAGAAGCUAUUGAAAGAGAAAGAACAGGGCAAAACAGGGGAAUUGAAUCAACUGCUAAAUGAGGUUAAAUCAAUGCAGGAAAAGGCUGCUACUUUUCAGCAAGAGAGAGACCAAGUUAUGGUAGCGCUCAAACAGAAGCAAAUGGAGAGCAGUGCCCUACAGAGUGAGAUACAGCAUUUGCAUGAGAAAGAGCAGCGUCUAAAUCAGGAACUGGAGAGGCUGCGUAACCACCUUAUAGAAAUGGAGGACUCCUAUACACGAGAAGCCUUAGCUGCAGAAGACAGAGAGACCAAACUAAGAAAAAAAGUUUCAAUUUUGGAAGAAAAACUUGUGUCUUCAUCUACUGCAGUGGAGAAUGCCAGUCAUCAGGCUAAUCUGCAGGUUGAAUCCUUGCAAGAGCAAUUAAACCUGAUUUCCAAGCAGAGAGAUGAAGCAGUGCUACAGCUUGCCAUCUCACAGGACCAAGUGAAACAGUAUGCAUUGUCACUGACCAACCUGCAGAUGGUACUAGAGCAAUUCCAACAGGAAGAAAAAGCCAUGUAUUCAGCGGAGCUGGAAAAACACCAAAAAGAGACUGCAGAAUGGAAAAAAAAAGCCCAAAACUUAGAAGAAAAAGUUGCAUCACUACAGGAAAAUUUAGAAGAGGCGAAUGCUGCGCUGGAUGCAGCGUCAAGGCUUACUGAGCAACUUGAUGUUAAAGAGGAGCAGAUUGAAGAGCUUAGAAGAGAAGGUGAGAUCAGAAGAGAAAUGUUAGAAGAUGUACAAAAUAAACUGAUGAAUCUCAUCAACAGCACAGAAGGAAAAGUGGACAAGCUCCUGAUGAGGAAUCUCUUCAUUGGACAUUUUCAUACUCCAAAAAAUAAACGUAACGAAGUGUUAAGGUUGAUGGGAAGUAUCUUGGGUAUGAAAAAAGAGGAACUUGAUCAGUUACUCUCUGAAGACCAGAGAGGAGUUACAAGAUGGGUGACGGGCUGGCUUGGUGGAGGAACAGGAUCAAAGAGUGUCCCGAGCACACCUUUACGACCAACUCAUCAGACUGGUUUUAAUAGUUCUUUUUCAGAACUGUUUGUGAAAUUCCUUGAAACAGAGUCUUGCCCAAGCCUUCCUCCACCCAAGCUUUCUGUUCAUGAUAUGAAACCUUUAGGAGCAGCAGGAACUGGUAAAACUAGCAGUACUCCAAGCAGCAGUCAAAUACCAGAUUCUGGAGUCUCAGGAAGCAGCAGAAGACCAGAUACAAAUCCAUUUCUAGCACCUCGAUCUGCAGCAGUGCCUCUCAUAACACCUGCUUCUACUUCUGGGCAUCUACUUAUGAAACCUAUUUCAGAUGCUUUGCCUACUUUUACACCACUGCCAGUGUCCCCUGAUGCCAGUGCUGGUGCUGUACUAAAAGACCUCCUAAAACAAUAGAUGACCUGAAACCAAUAUGAUGUUGAUAGCACUUUAAGGAAAAUGAGAACACUAUGCUAUAUAUAAUUUACCACAGUGAGGCCUUCUGUAUAAAGUUGUAUACUUGUUUGCAAUUGUAUCUUGUUUUUCUUUUAAUUACAAACUAAUGUAAAUUUGAAUGGUUGCAUGCAGAGUUGCCUUCUUUGUAGCAAGUAUUCAUUUGGGACAUAGGUUAGAUUUUGUUGCUAGAUUGUCACAGGACAGUUGGAAGAACUUCUAAACACUAGUUUUACUCUUGAGUCCUUUCAGUUAUGCAUAUACAGCAUUAAUUCUUUGGUGUUGAGGUCCUUUUUUCCAUGAAAAUGACCUGCCGUUGGCAGCAGAACUUCAAGAACCAAAAUUUAAAAAUAAAUUAAUAGAAACACUUAGCCAAAAUUGAACUUACUUGAGGUGUUGAAUUAAUGAUAUAAACUCUGAAGAGUAAAAAAUUGAGUAAAUAGGAGUGUGAUUAUUGAGCAGCUGUACUUUUCCCAAAGGGAAUUCAUUAUGCUUAGUUGUAUUAAGACAUGUAUCUCUUUAUUUACAGGAUUAUUCAUUUUGGGGGGCAAUUUGGGGCAUAUCAAUCUUUUGCACAUGGAUUUGAUUCUUUUUCCCCCACCUAACAAUUGCUUUCAGCAGUCAAACCCAUCAGCACCAAGGAGUUAACUGUGGGAGUGCUCCAUUUUUUAGAGGUGCACAUGUGAUGAAGAGUGGAUAACUGAGCAAAAGAUAAGUUCCUGUAUGUAAAGAUGCUAUAUUGUACUGGUCUAAGAUGUAUAUUUGACAAACUUUUUAUCUUGCUGUAUUUUGUAGAUUCAAAUAUAGGCUUAAAGCUUUAAUAUAUGUACAGAAUUUAAAGGGAAGAACAUGCUUACUUAUCCCAAAUAUGUAAAUAGGUCUUUGUAAGACCGAGACCAAAGUCAAUUUUUCUGUAAAUUUUGCUGCGAUAAUUUGUACACAUUGUUGGCAAGUAAGGAAUGAUGUUGCAUACUAAAGGGAAAAAUUCAUCUUGUAACAACAGUUAAUCAAGAUAAAACAUCUUCAUUUUAAAGUGUGUAAUUUCUAAACCUUUUUCUAUAUGCCAUUGUUUAGUCAGUGUUGAAAGAUAACUGUUGUGCAGGUUCUAUAUUAGAACUGUCAACCUUUGCUUCUCAUUUUCAUUAAGAUCCUGGAUUAAAUUGUAAGAGUUAUAUUUAAAUAAAAUUAAUCAAAGAAACUUGUACAGAAUCAACCAAAAUAAUGCAAGAAAUCUUUGCAUUUAUUUAUGUAGAGGUCAAGCAGUGAAUGUCUUUUGUUGCCUUGAAAUCUAGCAAAGUUUAUUUUAAUUACUGUACUUACCUUGAGAACUUGAGUCCCUUAUCUCCAGUGACCAUAUUGGAUUUUUAUUUUACAUUUUUUACUCCUUUAAUAGACAGGGUCUAUUGGCAGUCUGACUUCUGACAGAAUGGCAUCCACAGAUAGUGUACCAAAGUAAGUUCUGCAUUAUGUAAUAAGUGAAAUGAGAAUUUAAAAUUACCUCUUCUGGAAACAUUUCAGUUUGGUACCUCAGAUGUACAUCUUUAUUUAAACUACUGGACUGGACUAGGUAAUAUUUUUUCUAUAGCAAAUAUAAAGAAAACUGAUAUUGGAUGUCUUCUAUGCAGUCUUCCUUGUUCUUGUAGUAAUAUUUAUUUGAAGAUGCUCAAUUGCUUCAGAAUAAAAUUGCCUUUGGGUGAGUCAAAGCACAAAUAAAUGCUUUAAAAAAUCAUGUAUGUUACAUAUUACAAAUGGAAUACACUAACUAAGCAGAUCUUAACUUCGGUGUAAUUUUUUUUCUUCAGUGAUAGAGAACUUAAUAUGCAUGUGUUUCUCUUCCAGGAGGCUUUAUAAAUGCCAAUAAAUAAAGCAUGGUGAGACCAUUUUUUUCAGGAUGCUGUAAAUCAGCUUCAUUUAUACAGUAAAAUAAAAGAGUUUGAGGAGGGAAAUAUAAAACCAAGCAAAAGUAUUGAAGAACUUCAGGUCCUUUGGAGAGGAGGAGAAAACCUCUAGAGGAGGGAUAUUAGAGACUUUGGUUCUUAAAUACUAGGAGGUCUGUUGAACUGUAGUGAAAAUCUUCUGUGUCUUAGAGGUUUCUGUUCUAGAGCUCGUUCUUGGGUUUUGUUCUUUAUUGGAGAUACUGUGUUCUGUGUUCCAGCCAGUGCUUUCCCACUGAAAAGUGUAGAACAAAUACAUUGCCUUAAUUUUAUUUCUUAAACGGUCUCACCCACAGCUGUAAGUAACUUUCAGUAUUUGUUUUUAUUGAAAGAUUUAUGAAAAUAUUUUUUUUCCUCUGAUUUUUUUUCUUCUGAGUUUGCUUUGUGCUUGACAACUGUUUUGUAUAUAUUCAUUUUACCAGUUUCCUGCAUUUAAGUAUGUGACUCAUGUAGUCUAUCCUGUUAAUUGUGUGGGUCUUUCACACAACAGAGGGGUGGGGAAGUCUCUUUAGUUGCAGUUGCAGUAGUUGAAAAUUUUCCUUAACUCAAUUGCUUUCAUCUCUUUUUUGCAGUGAGGAAGGAGAGUUGUCCUUCUAUAUUUGGUCUAACAGGCUGUUGCUAAUCUUCAGUGGUAAAGAAGUAGAACUGUAGUAGGGAAUGGAUACACCAGACUUGGUGUAAGGAAAAAAAUAAGGGUUCUUCUCUAGUUUCUUUAUCAUGAAUGCAGGUCAUCCUGUGUCAUGCAUUCCAUGCAAAGAAAAGGAUCUAGCUGGCUGGUCUUGGUAAUUAUUACUAUAGAAUAAUGCAUUUUGUUUGUUUUAAGUUAAACUUUCUUGCAUUAAACCAGUUAGUUACAGUCAUACGACACACAGUUUUUGACAUUAUGUGAUAAAUAUAGAAAGAAUAUAUUUUGCUUUUUAUCAAGCAUGAGUUCCCAGCCUGUGUUUUCUUAUUCCUUCUUAUUCAUAUUCUUGACACGCUUUGCGUUAAUAGUUACUUAUAAGGCAGGCUAACUGGAAAAUAUGGAUAUGGCUGAGUGACAAAGUGAAGAGACUGAACAGAAGGUACUUGUCUUGUAAGUAUUUCACUUAUCACAUACUCCAUGAAAGCUUCAUAACGUUAAGCUUUGAUGUCCUGUUACUGAGAGUUUUGAUGACUUGAUAGUAAAAGCUCAAGAAUAAUUUUUCAAUUAGCUUCAUCUGGCAUAAUUGUAAAUUGAAUUAUAAUGAGGGAGCAGUUGUAACUGGAAUAAAAUUAAAUUCUUAAUUUGCCAUCUACUUGAAAAAACAACUAUUAGCUUAAAGUGGAGAAACAUUAGUGGUAUACUGCAGAAGUAACAAGGAUAACAGCUUCAUGCAUUCUUUCAGAGAUCUUUGAGAUAGCUAUACAUUAAAACUGAAGUGGCCAUUGUGUCAGUGUAUCUGCAUCAGUGUUUAAAAAGAUUAAAUAUAUGUGCCAUACAUACGGCAGUGCUAGCAGUAAAGCUUAAGGAAUUAAAAAUAUUGUUCAUGUUUGUUUUACUUCUGCUCUGUUAUCCCUUUCCAGUAAAAUUUAUAGAUUGUUUCCUUAUGUGCAUUUGACUUUCAGGUGGAAAGCUUCUGUUAAGCAUUCUUAGAAAUGACAUACAAGGAUUAGCAGCCUAUUUUUAUUAUUUUGGUUUGUGCCAUUUAUCCUACUGAAUUCAUUUGCAGCCCCACAGAGCUUAAAUAUGAAAGCCAAUCCACAAUAAAAAUAAAGGAACAGACAACUGCUGGCUUCUUAUUUAAGUAGGAACAAAUAAUUUGUGUAGGGCAUGUCAUUUACAGCAGUAGCAAUAUUGAGUCUUGAGCUGUUACAUUUGCCCACGCUUGUAGAGCAGUAUGGUGUUCUAAAAUUCAGUGUCUGAAAGCAUCACAUAUCUAACUCUUGAAAUACGUUUUAUAGCAAGUAAUAAUUGGAGGACAUUAUCAGUAUUAAGUGUGCAAGAAAUGUCUCUUGUUUGCUGAUCGUAUUAGAUCUGUUGCAGCGCUAAUUUAGAUUAAUUUGUUCCACAUCCUGUGUUCAGCCAUGCUGCGAAAAGUCUCAGACAUCUUGCCAAGAAGAAGAAAAUUGAAUCAUGUAAUUAAAGGCUUAUUUUUCGUGUCAGAAGUAGUAAUGAGAAGAUAACUGUUAAUUGUUUCUCACUUUUAAAAGGGCAUUUAUCAUUUGCUAAGAGCACAUACUAAGUAAUCUGGGCGUCACUCUGUCCCUUCUUACUGAGUUUGCAUUAUUGCUGAUUAAAUCUGAUUUCUGUUAAGUGUUUACAGAUGUUGUACAUCAUCCUCGAUCUCUGACAGUAGAUUAAUCUUUUUUCCACCCUUGUGUUAAGAUUCCCAUUAGACAUCUCACAGAUUUUAAAAUUGAUAUCAUUUGCACUCAAGGUUCUGGCACCCUGCUCCAAACUGCCUUUGGAAAGGGUCUGUGAUGGUCAGCUAAUAACUAUUAGUAUGAAUGUUCACACUAGCACAAAAAAAAUAAACCACUUCCCAGGCCUCUUAAACAAGGAAGUUGAGAGCAAAUUUCUUUUCUGUUUGUAGCCAUUUUGAUUUGAGAUCUUCUACACUGUUGUUUGUUUAUUUUUUUCUUCUUCUUCUCAUUGGGAACCAUACACAAAUGUUUAAUCCUCUGAGGAAACGUGAUGUAGUUACCUUGCUGCUGAUAGCACCCAGGUAUAAGUAAUAUUACACUUGAAAAUGCCUCUUCUGAAAUCCCAUUUCUGCCAGUUCUGUUUCAUUCCUAUUCCUAUCAAUGAGAAUUUACACUAUUUAUAGCUGUAAAUUCUUAGAAAUAUUCCAAUACUACAGUUGAUGUGACUCUUGUGGUUCCAGAAACCGAGUGUGAAUGCUUCCAUAUCAGCUAAUUGUCUCUCAGAUGCGUGCAUGUAGAUGUGCAGUUUGGGGCUGAAGAUGGAGUGACACCUGAAAUAGCCAGAAGCUACAGAGAGGCAGGUUCACACCAAGUCAAGAGUUCAAGGGGAAAAAAGGAGAAAAAUGAGUCAUUACAGAUUGCUCUUUUUUUGCUGCAUUUCUGUUGUCAAUUAUUAGUUGGACUAUAAAAUUGUGGCAGUCAAGAAGAACACAAUGAAGGUAAUAAUAUAGUCCCAGGAGGCUUGUUUGUGAUAAAGUAAAUUAAUUUGAUAAGUGUAAUGAGCUUGCAUGUUAAACAAAUUUCACAUUAGUUACGUUGGCAAUUUCAAAACCAUUCAUUAUGCUCAUAAUAAGAUCCAAGAAUAGUUCCUAUUUUAAAGAUUUUAAAAAUAACAGUAUCUGUUACUAGGGAUCAAAGCCUUUCAACAUUAAAAAAAAAAAAAAGAAAAAAGUGAAAGUUGGCAUCUGGAGCCUGAAGGAAUUUGGCUGAAUACACAAAUGAGGGAGCUUCAUAGCUAACAUUAUGCUUUCUAAACAUGGCUUCUGAUCACAGGUGGCAAGAGCUGCACAAAGUUCUGUAGUGGUGUUCUGGUUUGCUUUGGGAGGGGGGAUUUUGCUCUAAAUUGACACAGAAAUGAGGAGAUGGUUG